AUUUUUUUCUGUAUGUGUACAUAGACAAUGAACAUGAACCUGAAAUUACGAAUGUGUUAAAACCGGCCCUGGAAUGGUUGUUGUGAACUUAACCUAAAUUUUAAUAGUUUGUGAUUGUUCCUCAAAAUUUAGUUCACAGGCCUUAUCUGUGAUAUACAUAAUUGAGAUGUCCGCACCAGCACAUCAUUUUAUUCCAAACAUGAAUAAUCCUCAAGCAAAUGCGAUGAGAAAUUCAUUUGGGCCAGGCCCUAUGCAACCUCAAAUGAACCCAAAUAUGCAGAGUCCACUUGGAAAUGCUAUACCGGUGCAACUACAAAAUACAUUAGGAAAUCCAAUGAUGUCACCAAUGUCAAGUAGUCUAAACAAUCAAAUGAGUCCUGCAAAUCCAAUGAACACUAAUCAGAUAAUGGGUCAGAUGAAUCAACAAUACAGUAUGGGACCAGUUACACAAAUGGCACAACAUCAACCUUCAAAUACAAUGCCAAUGCAACAACAGUUUACUGGGGGUUUGCCGCAUCAUGAGAUGCCACAACAAACUCCUGGAGUUGCUCCAACACCCCCUGUACAACAACAACAACAACAACAACAACAACAGUCUAAAGAACUUAAUACUGCCUCUUUAUGUCGUUUAGGUCAGGAAACUGUUCAGGAUAUUGUUAGUCGUACUCAGGAAGUUUUUCAAACACUGAAAACAAUACAACCUCCAAAUGGAACGCCCCAAUCGGGAAAUCAAAGUAAUGAGAAAAAGGCAAAGGUUCAAGAACUUCUUCGAACCAUAAGAGUUUUAUUUAAAAGAUUAAGGCUGAUAUAUGAGAAAUGCAAUGAGAAUUGUCAGUUACAAGGCAUGGAAUAUACACAUAUUGAAAGUCUUAUACCUUUCAAAGACGAGGUGGAUCCAAAAUACGAUGAAAAGAAAAAUUCGGAGGCAUACAGGAAUGCAUGCGAAGAAAGUAAGGAAGUGAUGGAGCAAGUGGUACUGAAAAAUAAACAGCUUAAGGAGGUAAUUGACCAUUUGCGAAGAAUAAUUUGGGAAAUUAAUACAAUGUUGACAAUGAGAAGAUCGUAAUGAAAUCAUCAAAUUUAGAAUUAACUUAUUGAUAAGAAUAUAUUGUUUAAUUUAUGUAUAUAUUUUGUAAUUUAAAAUAUGCAAUUCAAUCAAGAAAUUUAUAUGAAGUAUUUGAUUAUUAUAUAAUUGAGAGAUAUUUAAAUAUCAAAUUUUAAGACUUUAUAUAUUUUUCUUUGAAUCAAUUGUCAAUCAUCCAAUGUUGUAAUGUAUUGACUAGGGCUUAAAUUUUUUAAAAUAAAAGUGUUCAUUCAUGUGAAUAUUAAAUUACCGAGAUAUUCAUUUUUUAAAAAUUUAAGGCCUUUUAGACUCAAUAUGCAUAUUAUCAAGUCAACUAUUUACUUGUUAUAUUUUAUAAUUUUAUGAAUGUUUGAGUUGUAGCAAAUAUAUUGCUGCUUUGUGGUAUCAACAUAUCCACUUGUGAAAGAACAAAUGUAAAUUAUGUACUUGAUUCUGUCUCUAAAUGAAUGAAUAGUAACAUUUCAAAUCAAUUCAUUCAGAAUCAGAUUCAUUCAUCAAUGUUAAUGAUUCAGAAUCAGUUCUGAAUUGUUAAAACGUCUUUAUUUUUGAAAGUAGAAAUGUGCUCAUCUUUAUGAGAACGUUGUGUACAAAAAAAAAUACUUAACUGUGGUUGUUGUUCCGACAAUUACACUCGAAAAUGAUCUUUGAAUUGUGAAAUAUAUAUGUAAUCAUUUCAGCCCUUAGAUGAUCUUUUCCUACUUUAUAAUUAUGUGGUUUAACGCUCAUAGUAACUGAAGAUUUGGAAUGGAUUUUAUCCUAAAGGAAGAACACAAAUUGUGUUUUGUACGAUAAUUUGUCUACAUAUUUGGAAAAUUAAGUUUUAAAUCCCUUGUAGAUAUUUGUUAACUAUACAUACCCUCAGAAACUUAUCAGAAUUUGAUAGGUAAAUAUUUUUUUUAAUACCCCUUGGCGAUCGCCCAUCGUGAAUAACUAACUAAUCUUAUUAAUUGUCAAUUGUGAAAUUAAUUGUUAAUUGUAUUAUUAAUAAAUUUAUAAUUUCGAAAAAUUA